CGUACCACCUCCCUUACUCACAAAAUCAGUGAGGGACAAAUGAAGACAGUGUCAAGAUGAUCCUGAUAUGGGUUACACUGCUUCUCCUUCAUCAAGGAUAUACACUGGUUCCAGUGAUUAUGGUCCAAACUGGUGAACCUGUGACGUUCUCGUGUGUUUGGCCUGAAGAUGUGAGCAAUAGAAAACUCUAUUGGUACAAGCAGAGUCCUGGGGAUACUCUGAAAUUAAUUGCAUCGCUGUCAAAAAGGAUAAAACUGAAGUAUGAACCAGAGUUUUCUGGCUCAAGAUUGGAAGUAACAGAUAAAGAUAAGCUCAACACUCUGACCAUUUUGAGGACGAUUCCAGAAGAUGAGGGAAUGUAUCACUGUGUAAUCAUGGACUGGGGUGAGAAUACUUGGACUGGGACCUAUUUGUCAUUAAAAGGAAACUCUCAGGGGACUUCAAACUACACUGUUGUUCAGUGGCCGACAGAAUCUGGUCCAGUCCGUCCAGGAGACUCUGUGACUCUGCAGUGUUCAGUCCUCUCUGACCCUGAGAACAAAAUGUGUCCAGGAGAUCACAGUGUGCACUGGUUCAGAGCUGGAGCAGAGAAAUCUCACCCAGGAAUGAUCUACACUGCACAGAGAAGUGAUGAAUGUGAGAAGAAACCCGAUGCACAUUCACCUGCGCAGAGCUGUGUUUAUCGCUUCACUAAGAGCGUCAGCUCCUCUGAUGCUGGGACUUUUUACUGUGCUGUGGCCACAUGUGGAAAGAUAUUAUUUGGAAAUGGAACAAAAGUGCUCAUUAGUGGAGAGAGGAGAUCUAGAUCUGAAUUUAUUGCACUGAUUACAGCAGUAGUCUUCUUGGCCAUUUCUAUAAUUGGAAAUAUUGUUUUCAUCUGUAGCCGAACUACAAGACCAGCAUGUGCACAGUUUAAAGGAAUAGGACGUGUCUCUUCACAAGGAAGACAUGAUACCUCGAACCAGCUAGUACAGGAUAUUACUGAAGGUGGACAUGAUCUGAACUAUGCUGCGUUACAUUUCUCUGGAGAGAAAGUUCCAAGAGGAAGGAAGCAGAAAGAGUUGAAGGCUGAAGAAAGUGUGUACUCCCAAGUUAAACUCUGAAAAUGGACGUGUGCCUAUGAAAAAAUGUGUGUUGGUUUAUAAAGUUGACCUCUGACAGUGUGAAUAAAUAAACAAAUAAAUGGUAUAGACCCCUUUCGAGCUUUGUGUAGA